CGCUGGUUAGACCAGGCAGUUAGUGUGAGCGAGGUAAAGAUUGGGUGUCUCGCACCGCCGGUCGUUGGGAGGGUAGAGUGGGGGCCCCUCCCCCCACAGCCCCCCCUGCCCCCUCCCAUUAACUCCUUGCUGGGGCGAAGCGGCGGGAAGGGCCGUCAGGCCAGCAGGUGAAGUCUGUUGCCAUGGUGGGAGCCCAGCAGCUAGAGAUGCAGGCAGCAGCAGUGCCGGUUGUGGCCCCAGCCGGGGGCGGUGCUGGCGGGAGCAGCAGUGACCACCAGUACGAAUGUCUGGAAUGCGGCAAGGUGUUCAAGUGGUCUUCGCGCCUCAUCCACCACCAGAGGACUCAUACGGGCGAGCGCCCUUAUAAGUGCUCCGAGUGCCCCAAGGCCUUCAAGGGGUCAUCAGCAUUACUAUAUCACCAGCGUGGACACACAGGCGAGCGACCUUACAAGUGUGAUGAAUGCGGCAAAGCAUUCAAACGUUCCUCCUUGCUUCAGAUCCACCAGAGCGUGCACACUGGCUUGCGUGCUUUCAAGUGUGCUCAGUGCGGCCUGGCCUUUAAGUGGUCUUCCCAUUACCAGUACCACCUGCGCCAACACACAGGGGAGCGCCCCUACCCCUGCCCAGCAUGCGACAAGGCCUUUAAGAACUCCUCCAGCCUACGGCGGCACCGCCAUACCCAUACAGGGGAGCGCCCUUAUGUCUGCCCCAUCUGUGGCAAAGCCUUCACCCAAUCCACCAACUUGCGGCAGCACCAACGUGUGCACACCGGCGAGAGGCCAUAUCGAUGCCAAGACUGUGGGAAGGCCUUUACCCACUCUUCUAAUCUGGCGCUACACUGCCGAUCGGCACACGCUGCCCGCCCUGCCCAUACCUGUGUGAUCUGUGGCAAAGCUUUUGCCUCGGAUGCUUUUCUGCAGCGGCACCUGGAGACUCACGCAGAUGUUGCCCCUCCAGCACAGCUAUUCCUAGAGGAAUCGACAGCCACUGUAGAGAUGCUGUUUCGGUGUAGCGUUUGUCACCUCACUUUUCCCCUCCAAGAGCAGUUGCUGACCCACCAGGAAGUGCACCUGGCCCCACCAGAGCCACCUCCGCUGCCACCACCACCUGUGCAGGAGGAGGCAGCAACCUCUGCAUCCCCUGUGCCCUCAUUAACUUGCUCAGCCUGCAGCAAGACUUUCAAGAGUGCAGCGGGCUUAGCACGGCACCAGCAGAGCCAGCACUCUUCAGAUCGCACCUAUACCUGUGCAGUGUGCGAACGCUCUUUCCCGGCACUGGCCAGCCUGUUGGGCCACCAGCGUUCCCACCCCCCAGCAGAGCAGCGGCUGGAAGAGGCUGAGGUGACGUGCCCAGCACAGGCCGAGCCGGUACCUGCUGCCACAGUGACUACGCCCCCACCCCCGGAGCGACCCUAUGUUUGCAGGGAAUGUGGAAAGGCAUUCAAGGGCUCCUCCGGGCUGCGUUAUCACCUGCGUGACCACACAGGGGAACGUCCGUAUGCCUGCGGGGAGUGCGGGAAGGCCUUCAAGCGCUCUUCCUUGCUGCGCAUCCACCAACGGGUUCACACAGGGCUGCGUGCCUUCACCUGCCCCACUUGUGGUCUGGCAUUCAAGUGGGCCUCUCACUACCAGUACCAUUUACGGCAGCACACGGGGGAACGCCCGUACGCCUGCCAGGACUGCGGGAAAGCCUUUAAGAACACCUCGUGCCUCCGCCGGCACCAGCAGCUGCAUACCGGGGAGCGUCCCUUUGCCUGCCAGACUUGCGGCAAGGCCUUCACCCAGACAUCCAACCUCCGGCAGCACCAGCGAGUGCACACUGGUGAAAGACCCUAUUGUUGCCGGGACUGCGGUAAGGCCUUCACCCACUCCUCCAACCUGGCCUUGCACCGGCGGACCCAUUCGCGGGAGCGUCCCUUCCAGUGUCCGGUGUGCGCCAAGGCCUUCGUCAUGGCCUCGUACUUGCAGCGCCACUUGCGUACCCACAGCAGCGGUGAGACGCCCAGCCGUCCAGCUGCUCCCUCACCUGCUGCCACUCAGGAGGUGCAAAUCUUGCCCAACCUUCAGGCCACUCUGAACGUGGAGUUGAGCAGCAGCCCGGCCCCACCCAGCCCUUCUAACGCGCAGACAUUUCUGCUGGUGCAGACGGCACAGGGCUUGCAGCUCAUCCCCAGCGUGCAGCAGCCGCCCCCCCAAAGUUCGCCCCCCAAACUCAUUCUGCUGCCCAGCCCCCAAGUGAUGCCCACAGCACCUGCUGCUCCAGCCAGCUUUACCCUGUUGCCAAGCACUCCCAUCGCCCCAAGCAAGCCUACCCCACUCCGGCAAGGCAAGAACAAGAAGCCUGUUCCACUACCGCCACCCCCGCCCUCACCAGUGUCUGGCAACCAGAGCAUCAUUUUGAUGCCAAGCUCUGCUGGGCCCAGUAUGCAGCCUCUCUCUAACAUGCAGAUCCAGAGGACUUUGGGGUUGCCGGCUGGUGGACAGAACGUUAUUGUCCUCCAGAGUUUGCCUGAACCUCAGACGGGUAUGGUGCAGAUCCAAGCUGUGCCAGCUGUUGCGCCAGUGACAGGAACCCUCCAAAUUCAAGCCCUGCAGCAGUCUCAGCAGCUCCAGAGCCUGCCUGCUGCCCAGCAAGGUGGCACUCUGCAAAUCCAGGCCCUGCCUACCUCCCAGCAGAUGAGUACGAUCCAGAUCCAAGCCCUCCCGCAUUCUCAACAGACUGGCAUCGUGCAGAUCCAAAGCCUGCCGCUCCCCCAGAACACUGUCCAGAUCCAAAGUCUGCCCACUUCUCGGUCAACGGGCGCUGUACAGAUCCAGAACCUGUCCAGCUGCCCAGCGACAGGGACGAUGCAGUUCCGGACACUUCAGCCUUCCCAGAAGGUGAACACUGUGCAACUUCAGGCUGUCUCUUCAUCCCAACAGGUGGGGACCCUGCAGAUCCAAACCCUUAAGCCUUCCAAGCAAAUGGGCCCCCUUCAGCUGCAGGCCUUGCCGUCGCCUCAGCAGACCGGUCCCCUGCAGAUCCAAAACCUGUCCCCCUCAAACCAGUCUUUGACUGGUGUUGAAAUCCAGGGGCUCUCUCCUUCCCAGCAGCUGGAUGGCACCAUUCAGAUCCAGGGCUUGAUGUCUUCUCAGGAAGAGCAGCAACUCCAGCCUUCUGAGGAGAUCGCAGGCAUCCAGCUUCAUACCCUGGACCCACCUCAGGAAAUGAGUGAGGUGGAAUCCGCUUUGUCCAGCUCCCAUGAGCUCUCUGGGGUAGAUCUCCAGCAGGGAUCCAGUGCAGAGGAGGAAAGCCAGAACUUGAUUGUGGUGCAGAAUUCUCCUGGAGAUGAACUGCUGGGGCCUGGUAGUGAGGUGGAGAGCCUGGAGGGGGUGCAGGAUGUGCACUUUGAGACGCUGCAAACCGAGGAGGGGGUGCAGAAUGUGUUGGUGCUGAGGAGCGCAGGUGGGGAGCAGACCCGCCUAUGUGUGCAGGAGGUGGAGAAUAUUCAGACAGUGCAAGAGCUCCCUGGCCUCCAGCUGCAGGGUCCUGAGGGCGGCUCCGGGACUGGGCAGAACCUGCUGAUCAUCCGCAGUGCUCAGGGGGAACAGACUCUCCAAGUGCUGGAGAGUGUGCCGACGCUGCAGGUGAACAGCCCAGAGAGCGCUCAACCAGCCAGCGACGGCGGCAGCACCUCUCAGAUGGUGCAGCUUUUGCAAAGUCCAGUGGCUUCACAGGGCCUGCCCUCCAUCCAGAUUGUACAGACGGUACCAAACAUGCAGCUGGUCCACACCUUCUGAAAGUGGCCAUCCCCACAACAGAGUGAGGAUGCUGACUGAGACCCAGGGCUGCAGUUAUUUGCACUGGGAACACAGAUGUGCUACGGGCCCCCCCACACAGUGGGUUCAGGUGGAGACUUGCCGAUUGUUGCUGUAGUUGCCAGAUAGGAUGACUCUAGUCUGGGUGACUUCAAGACUUCUGGGUGGCAUUGUCACUUAUAUGCGUGGGAUUGGGUGUCCCAUAACAAGGUGUGACAGGAAACCUGGGCUCGCAGGUCCAAAGCACACCCUUGGCUCUCCCCACCCCCUCCUGCUCACAUGUAGGCUGCUGCUGCUGCUUUUGACCCUGCAGCCACAGUGACCACUCCACCAUCUUCAUGAGCACUUGUAUGUCCUUGCAUGAGAAGAAAGGCUAGCUAGCCUAGUCCUUUGUUCUUUCAUAGAUUCAUGCCUGUUCUCCUCUGUGCUUGAAUUAUUUUGUUCUAGCAAGAACCAAAAGUUUGCACUGUGAUGGUUAAAAGAAAAUUAAACUCUGUGGCAGCCAGGACUCCUGGGUUUUCUCCCCCGCCUCAGACAGGGAGUCUGAUGGAUGGGUAGCUGUUGGAUGCACAACUUCUCUCCCUUCCAAAUUAUAGCUUUGGAUCAGGGUCUCCAUGGCACAGUGUGGACUCUGCUUUGUGUAACAGAAAAAUCAGGGAAGUUCAGAUUUUCAGGUCUUCCUUUGGUUUUCAACACUAUGGGGUGGGAAUGCUGUUGGAAGCCAACUUGUGACUGGUCAUAGAUUGCAUCUCUCAGCCUCACAUCUCUCAGCCUGUUUUUUCUUCUGGUCAGACCCUUCCAGUCUCCUGUUCCUCAGAACCACAUUUCUUCCAGAGUGUACCCCCAAUUCCUGGUGCUAACACACGCGCAGGAGUCAUAGACUCUUUCAGCUAGAAAGAAAAUAAAAACUGCUUUGAAGAA